AAUGAUUUUGCAUGUGAUCUUUUUACUGUUUACAUAAGUUCUGACUUGUGUUGGUUAAUUCGCGAUUACCGAAAUUCUAUCGAAUCCUAGACUUCACUUGAAGUCAAUAUCAUCGUAGAAAGUGAAGUGUAUUUUAUGAAUAUGGCCGAACGUUUACCUCAAGAGCUUAUAGCUCACAUCCUGAAAUUCCUGUGCUACACAGAUCGAGAAGAAGCAUCUGUGGUCUGCAAACACUGGUUCCAUGCAUCCUUAGAUCCUGCACUUCACAGAAACACAAAGAUAACCCUGAGGGCAUCAUCAUCAACAGGAAAACACCUCCAGGAUCUUGGACACAGGAAGAGUCCAAAGCUAGUCAUCACCUAUGUGGAAGGAACCAACGCCGAUUUCCUCCUGAAAGAAGUCGGUCGGCACCUUGGUCCUCAUCUGCAAUAUCUAUGUCUCAAAGGAUGUGAUCUGACACAAAAGAUGUUCCUAGGUAUUCUCGCCCAUUGUGACAACCUGACAUCACUUGAUCUUAGUUGCUGUAACAGUAUGUUCAUGUCUGGUACACUUUUGCAGAAGGAUGCAGAUAGGCAAGUGGCCCUCCAGGCUUUCAGGAGGUUAAAGAAGCUAUCUUUAGCAUCAAUUAGAUAUCUUUCUGAUGCUCUCUUUAAUCUGUUUGUAGCCACCACUCCUCAACUAGAAGACUUGUCCCUAGCAGGAUGCAACAUAGCGUUUGAAACAGACCCAUACCGCAAUAGAGAUAUGGGAAAGGACUCUGUCACUUUGCUUAGUUUCUCAAAUCUUUUGGCAUUUGUGAAGAGAUUCACAUCAACCUUGACUUCUCUGGACCUUAGUUUAACUACAGUUACCAGUGAAGCAUUGACAUCCUUAGCCAAUGUGCCAAAUCUCAAGCUGAGGCGGAUUGUUUUGGUGAGGUGUACUCAUCUAACAAAUGAUGGCGUAAAGAAUCUUGCAAAUCUACAACCAAGCCUAAAGGAAGUAAUCUUGGCAUCAUGUCCAUCUGUUGGAAAUGUAGCUAUCAAUGCUAUUACACAGAAUCUUGGAAGCUUGGAAAAACUGAAUCUAAACAAACUCAAGUCCAUUCCUCAGGAUACCUUUGAGCAGCUGACAUCGAACCUGACCAAGUUGACCCAUUUAAGUUUAGCAAGUAACCUCAAUCUCAAAGGAGCUCAGAUGCUGAAGGGACUGAGGGGUGCUUCUUUCUCACACUUGAGGUCAUUGAAUCUGCAAGGUUGUCCACAAGUGGACGAUGACGUAGUCUUCUGCAUCUGUGAUGCUGCACCCGAUCUUCAAGAACUCAAUCUCAGCUCCUCUCAUGCCAUGACAGACCUCAGCGUUCAUCGCAUCUCUGCUCGGCUCCACUGCCUUAAGCGGCUCAAUCUCAGUUGGUGUCAGCGGAUUACUGAUUUUGGUCUCCUUGGAUUAGAUAAGGAUUGUCCAGUUAUCUCUCCUCCCGAUGAAUCCUCAAAGCACAGCAGUGAUCGCUACACUCGCAGUCACAGCAACAUGGGCUUCUUUCGGCCUGCAAAAUUCGAAGAGGUCAUCUUGACCAUUCCAGAAGAUGAGAUGCAGGAAUACCUCAACUCUACAUCAAGAGUAGCUAUCAAUGCCAUCAAAACUCUUGAGUAUCUCAACCUUGCCGCUUGCCAUCAUCUAACAGACCGAUGUAUUCAGGAGAGCAUAUCCUUUCCGCGCCUGCAAACCCUGGAUCUCCGUAUGUGCCGCAAUGUCACUGACAAAAGCCUGGAGUCUGUUGCAAAGAACAACCCCAACCUGCAGGACUUGACGGUUAGUGAAUGCCAUCAAAUAACUGAUGUAGGUGUGACAGCUGUAGCAGAGGGGUUGUGUCGUCUUUCAUCUCUGGUCAUUCCUCGUUGUCUCAUCACUGAAAAGAGUUUGGAUGCUCUGGCCCAGCAUUGUAGGCACCUCAAGUUUCUGGAUGUAUCUCAGUGUAAUGUUCCUAUAGCUGCCGUAGAUACGAUGCGUAGCAAGCUGCCAUGUCUCCAGACCGUUGUAACAUCAUACUUAGAUGGCAAUCUAUCUACAAUGUACCAACCAGAAUUUUUCUGAGUAAAUGCAUUCAAGGAUAAUGCACAGUACAAUGUACAUGUACAUGUACAUGUAUGUUUGUUUGUGUAUUGCUUGUACAAGAUAUCAGUACUAGGAUUUGUUUUUAGGAUGGGAGAAGUCCAGCCAAAAAUUAACUCAAGCCUUAAAUUGAUCUCAUAUCCACACCAUUUUGCAAAACACAUUAUUGCUCUUACUUUUUAAGGUUCAUUUUCAAAAUGUAUUUUGGUAGUUUUGUCAUUCACUGGUCACCUCAACAGACUGCUUGACUUAACUGGAAAGGUGACCAUACAUGUACGUACAUGUAGUAGAUUUUUAGCAGCAGGGCCCUAAUGAGAAAAAGACUGUAUGGUCCCAAAGUCAAUGAUGGCAUCUUUUGCACAAUUUAUCUCCAUGUACACGUAGUAGAAACAGAUAUGAUAUACCUAGCUCCAGAUACUGGGCAUUGAAGCCUUGGUGUACUGGGUUCAGUCAUUUCACAUACUGUCUAUUCUCUGUCCUACAUUAACUUGGUACAUGUUCAGUCUCCCAGUACAAAAGAUCAAUAGGCCCUACUAUAUUUUUUUUUCAUCAUUGCUUAACUUUAUCUUGUUUCUAUAAUAGGUUAUCAUAAUGUACAUAUAUGCUUCACAAGGAGUCAGAUAGAACUUGUCUAGAAAAAGGCUAACUUUCUUACUAUUUGCAUACUAAUGUGUGAAGUGGAAGAGAGGGAGAUAUGCUUGGGAAAAAAUGAAAAUGUGAUAUUGAAAAUAGAUCAAAGAAGCAUUUUUCAAAUAAAAGUGUUUGUUUUUGCCAAUUUAAAAAAAGAUUAAGAAAAGUACAUGUAUUAAUGGCAAUUAAAUCAAUUUAUAUCUCUUAAGUGACCCAAAGCAAUAAUAUACCUUGGAACAUUCCAAUCUGUGAUUUAUCAUUUUUAAUUUAUCAUGAAGCAUACUGUACUGUCCCUGCCUUUAUACAUAUAUCAGAAGGGAUUGUUUGUGAUUGAAAGACUUGUGUUACGCACAAUUGCCCCAGUAUGUAAAGAGAAAUAUCCUUAUUAUUAUCAGUUGUAUUAGUACGUAGUAGUAUUAGUAGUAGUAGUAGGAGUAAUUGUAGAAAAAAAAGUGUUUUUAUUUUACCUGGCAAUGUGUACAAUACAUAUACAUGUAAGAGUCUGACAUUUAGCUCUGGCAUUAUUGGUUUCAUAAUAAUAAUAUAUAAGAAAAGGUAGAUCUUCAAGUUUUGUUUGAAUUGAUCCAAUAGUGGUGACGAUUUAAGGAGAUGAGGUACUGUACUAUGUUUAUUGUUCAGUGCUUUUUACUGUACUUUAGAGUUUACUUUUUUAGGGCUCAACAAAAUUACUGCCUGUAUUUUUUUUACACUUAAUAUGCAGUACUGGAAAAAUGAUAGAAAUUAACUACAUUAACUCCUAAACAGUUACUUUCACUUCAUUCCCUACAGAUCUCUUGUGUAAAUUAUUAGAAAAUGUUGUUUGCUGUACAUAGUAAUAUCAAUGUAAAUUUUCAAAAGUUUUACACUGGGAACAUGUACAUGUACUUAUAAUAAAGUAAGUUAUUUGAGAUACAGUAUUUGUAGUUAGUAAUGAAUAAAGGGAAGAAGAAUUUAUAUAAAGGACGGGGGGGGGGGGGGUUGAUUGAUUCAUCUUUGCUCCUUAUUUACAUGUAAUCUCCAAUAUCAUUCAGUAUAAUCAUGGACCUAUUUCGUAAUAGGUCCAUGGUAUAAUAAGCAGAUUGGUUGGUCAAUAAGAAAAUCCUUGGUGAAUUGUUCACAUAAAUAUAUGCAAUGAAAAAUUUAAUAGUAAAUUUACCCUAUGCAAUAAUUUCCCUACAGUGGUGUGAUCCUGCAUUACCCCAAUAAGAAUGAGAGCUUGAUACAUGAUGACAAACUUAAUGUAAUUUUCAGGUAAAACCCGCCAAUUAGUGUAGGCAUAACCUGAUAUAUGCUGAUAACAUUCAUUCAAACAUUCUUUUUGUGACAAACAACAACAUUGUUUCUUCACAAAAUAAAUGUGGUUGCUUAGAAAGUGUAAUGCUUAAUGUAUUAUUAGAACAUUCACAUGAAGGUAAAAUUUAAUGUCAUGGUGUCUAAAGACACUUUUUAAUUACCCUGAUAUCCAUGUGAUGUUUAAUCAAUGUAUCAUUAGGACAUUAACAUAGAAGUAAAGUUUAAUGGUGUAUAAAGACACUUUUUUAAUUAGUCUGAAAUCUAUGUUCAUUAAAGAAAUUUUUAUCUAUAUUGUACAUGAAAUAAAUAUUUUAUGUAACAUUAUGUACAUGUAGGUUUGAAUGAAGGUUUGACUGAAUGAUAUUCUAUGAGUUUGGAAAAUCCAUUGUAAAUUAUAUACAGUAUAUACAGUUAUAUAUUUAAAGUGUACUUUAAUAUGAUAAACAUCUAUUUAGUUUUAAAACAAAUUUGAAUUCUAUGUGUGGAAUAUGAAAUAUGGCAAUGAUAAUCAAAUUUUCUUGUAUUUUUGAGGGAGGGGGGGGGGGGUCACGGGGUGUUGGGAAAUAGGGGCUUGCCCUCAUGUACUUUCUUUAUAGUAAUUUGAACAUACAUGUAUGUUUGUUAUGUUAUCCUCAAUUCAUUGAGUUCAUGUCUUAUUAGAAAUUACUUAAUGAAUUCAUGUAACAAGUCAAAGAGUGAUUAUAUUUUUGUGGGAGGCAAAUAUUUUCUUUUUUAAUCAUUCCAUACAAGAAAUAUUCUAAUCUAUUAGGCCACAUGGCCAGAGUGUUUAUUCCCAUGAAUACUGAUUUUUUUUUUCCAGAUGUUGACAGCUUUUGUUUGUAUUAAAGUAGAUGUUGACCAUUUUUUUUAUAUUGAAGUACAUGUAGAUGUUGACAACUUAUAUAGGCCCGUAUUCUGAAGUCCAGAUUAUCUUGAGCCAAGGUCCAACUCUGUUUUAUGGGAAAUAAAAAAUGUCUGUCUAAUCAGCUGUAUGUGUCUCAUGUAUAUUGUGGUCUUUCCUUAUGUGUUAAUGGUGACGAAAACUAUUUCACUGCUUAUAUUUAGACAGUUAGGAAUGAUUUGGGUGUCAAAUGAUAACAAGUCCUGUUCAAGAUUUGUGUGAUUUUUAAACUACAACUCUAGACCAGAGUUUGAAUUAAAUUCAAGUUCAGGAUGUGGGCAAUAUAUUGUACAUGAAGAUUAUUGUGUUCAGUCAUGAAGCACAAUCAGUUCUUUAUGAUACUGCCUCAUUCGUGGUGCCCUCUGGCCCAAUAUUGACCAAAGAUUGUCCUAUGUAAAUACUUUUGAUUUCAGAUAAAAUUUCCAUGAUUGUAUGUUGUAUAAGAAAUAUCAGUCGAUAUCUUUAUAUUCUAUCUAAUGGUGUUAUGGCUCAGUUGGUGGAGCAUCCGUCUCACAACUGGGAGGUCAGGAGUUCAAGCCCCAAGCCACAUCAGACCAAAAGACAUUAAAAGAUGGGAAUUGCUGCUACCCUUUUUGGUGUUCAACAAUUCAAGGGAUAGAGCUACAUCGAUCUGGCGCUGCAGGUUGGCUGCUGGGCCCAUGAUCGAUUGGGAGAAAAUAAUUUUUGGAGGAAUUUUUUAUUAGAAUUCAUUUCGAACAAUGAAAGUUGAUUUUCAUUUUUUUUCUUUAUCUAUUUGAGAGGAGGAAUUCUAUGUCCAAAGAAUCACAUAAGCUUCUCAUUGUAUGUGGCGAAUGAACAUGUUUAUAUGUAGUUCAGAUUGCAAGGUAACCUUUACUGAUUAUUGAUUGAAUGUAUAUCUGCCCAUUCUUGUUAAAAUUGAUGUGCAAUUGAAUUUAUUAACUUCCAUAGUUUAUUUCAUAUUAAAUAUAUGUAGACAUGUAUAAUUGACAUAUGUAAUAAAUACUAUGUAUAUCAUAAA